AUGGCCAUAAUUGAAUAUUUUGACAAAGGAACCGGAAGUAACUUUGAACCAAAGUAUAGAUUUGAGAGAUGCGAAAAAGUGAAAGGAAUAUGUAAAACGUUUUGUGAUGAUGAUGAGUAUGAUUACGGAUACUGCAUUAAAUGGAGAAAUCAGUGCUGCAUAUAA